AUGUCUGCAAAUAAAACAAAGAAAGUCAAAAUGGCCACGAAGUCUUGUCCCGAGUGCGACCAACAAAUCCCGGUGGCCUGCAAGUCGUGUCCUUGUGGUUUUGUGUUCAUCAGCCGCAAACUGCUGACGGCCCGGUUAAACGAACGGCCCUCCUCCCCUGGACUCACAGACCAGCUGGAGUCGAAGCGGCGGCGGACAGAGCGCAUCCGUAAGGACCGCAUCGAGUCCCUGCCCAGCGACAUGGAGAACCGCAAGAAGGGACGACCCAGCUGCCAGGGGGACACCAUCCGCCGAGGCCGAGGCAGACCCAAGACCGUGGGCCUCAAGAAGGUGGAGGAGGACAGAGAGAAACAAGAGAAGGAAGUGGACAUGUACGCCAGUCUGUCAGACGAGAAAGCUUUCGUGUUUUCUGUGGCUUUAGCCGAAAUUAACCGCAAGAUCCUGGGACAGAGGCUCAUCUUGUGA